CUGCCAAAUAUAGCAUUAUCGUAUUUACUUGUCAUUUCUGUUCUCGCGGCACAUUGAAACUUUCUGUUUCAUGUUAAUCAAACGCCAUUCGCAAAAUCCUCUGUUUAAUGUUUAACCACUUGCCAUACUUUACUAAAAUAUGAAACUAAGAAAAGAUUGGCAUAUUUUUUAUAUAGUGUUUUGUCAUUUUUCCGCCAUUUUCAUAUUUUUGACUGGAUUUCUGCCAUAUAAUAGCAGGACUAAAAGUUCUUCAAAUUGGGAUAGCAGCUUACCACAAGAAUUGAACGGACUAUCGUUGAAUCCAAAGCACCUUUACACUCCGAAGUUAUCAAAACUAGUCUUAAUUGUGAUUGAUGCUUUAAGAGCAGAUUUCAUUUUGGGUGAUAAUAUCCAGUUCAUGCCUUUUCUUUCUGAUCUUCAUGAUAAAGGUCUUGCUUGCACCUAUCUUGCUCGGGCUCAUACACCAACAGUCACUCUACCUAGAAUAAAGGCUCUAGUCACAGGCAAUGUGCCUGGUUUUGCUGAUGUCAUCUUCAACUUGGGAAGCCCUCAGAUUAAUGAAGACAACAUUCUUGAUCAGUUAGCAACACAUGGUCAUAAAAUAGUUUUUUAUGGUGAUGAUACUUGGCUGAAACUUUUCCCCAAAAAAUUUGUGCGCAGUGAAGGAACAACAUCUUUUUUUGUCAAUGAUUUCAAAGAGGUUGACAAUAAUGUUACAAGACAUUUAAAUUUUGAACUGAACCAAACUGACUGGUCUGUGAUGAUUCUUCAUUAUUUGGGAUUGGAUCACAUUGGUCAUGUUAGUGGGCCAAGAAGCCUAUUGGUUCCAGAAAAAUUAAGAGAAAUGGAUGAUGUUAUUAAAAAAAUUCAUCAGCAAUUCAGAAAAAAUACAGCAAUUAUUGUGUGUGGUGAUCAUGGUAUGAGUGAUUCUGGGAGCCACGGAGGAUCUUCCAAGGCUGAAGUUGAAAUCCCUCUAACAUUUUUGAUGGAAGGUUGUAAACCUGAUUUGAAAUCAGAUUUUUCAAAUCAUCUUCAAAUUGAUUUGGCCCCAACUAUGGCUGUUUUAAUGGGAGUCCCAAUACCAAGUAAUAACUUAGGCUCCAUUCUUCCUGGUGCUCUUGGUAAUUUUGAGCAUACGCAAAAGCUCUACGCUGCUUACGCCAACGCUCGAAAUAUUUAUCUCCAAUUCGAAAGAAAUACUGAAAAUCCAGUCUAUCAGCGGGCUGUAAAACUUUAUCAGGACUGGUUAACGAACAACGCAACGAAAAAUGAAAAUGAAAUCAUGGACCUUUUUCUGAAAGCUGCAGAAGAAAUGAGUAAUAGUUCCGUGGAAAACCUCGCGCAAUUUGAUCUUUAUUCAAUGAUUUUAGGGAUCGUCCUUUCCUUCCAGCUACUGCUAAUUUCAGCUAUAGAAUGCCAAAGGCUGGUGAACUGGCAACCUACACGCUUCGUUUAUUCCUUUGUCAUUGUUACUGGCGUUUUUUUUACUAUAUGCCAUGUUUUGACGUGUUUGAUGAUUGACAACGAAAGUGGCCUAUGCCUCAAUGGACACGUUCCAGUUGUUUAUAGCUUAGGAUUGAGCUUACUCAUCCUUAUCCUGUUUGUUACGAAUUGCCAUUUACUUUUUAAUCGUACAGAGUUCCGUUUGAAGAAACUGGGUUCUGUCGCUGAGAUAUUCCUUUUGUCCGGAUCAUUGCUGCACGCCUUUAGUUUGGGCGCGAGCAGCUUCGUCGAAGAAGAACAUCAAACGUAUUAUUAUUUUAUCAACACUUUUGCAUUACUUCUCAUGUACGGUAGCACAAGGCGAAGAGAAAGUGUGCUAUCACUAAUAGGAUUCAUGGGACUCGUGCGCAUUUCCCGUUGCUGGAACCAAACGGGAGAUAAAUGGAUCAAUGAACCAGAUGUCAAGGAAUGGCUGAACACUGCUGCUAAUCGAACCUAUCUCACCAUAAGUUCUGUUAUAGGAGCAACAGGGAUUUUCUGUUGGAUCUACAGUAACCUCAAACUCAGUUUGUUGCAGGUAAUAGCAACAUGCGUGGGCCUUUGUGCAACCCUUGCGUAUCGUGCGGCGUUGGGCUCUUUCUUAUUUUACUACCCUCAAUCAACGGGUAUUGCAGAGGCUUUCGUUACCUACAUAUCAGUGAUAUUUAUUGCUAUUUCGUCACGGGAACGUUCAUCCUCCUUAGUUACAAUUUGGAUCGUUCUCACUUCACUUUUGAAACGACCUCACAAUCUUAUACUUACCUGGAUGCAUCUACUUCAAUACUCUUUGAUCCGUCCCCAUUUAGUUGCACAGCUUCAUCCUUUUUACAAAAAUCUGGCUCAUUAUUGGAUUGGAAUGACUUGGUACUUCCAAGAGGGAAACGGAAAUAAUUUGUCAAGAAUUGACCUCGCUUCUGGUUACGUUGGCCUACCGAAUUACAACAUGUUUGCAGUCGGUUUCUUGUUAAGCUGCGCAACCUUUUCGGGUCCAAUUUUAGCAUUACUGUUGGACAUCCAUAGACAAAACUUGGAAUCUAAAGGCAAGACCCACAUGUAUGGCUUUAUUUGUUCUAGAAUGCUUAUUACGUUAAUUUUUUCACUAAUCGUCACUUCACUACGUUUUCAUCUUUUUGUUUGGACUGUUUUUUCCCCCAAACUUCUUUACGAAGGGGCACUAAGCAUAUUUCAGUUGACCAUUCUCCUUCUGGUGCAAUAGGAAAAAAAGUAACGAACAUUCACAAAAA